AAAAAAAACCUGAAUUUCGCGUCUUGUUAGUAUCUGACAAAGUUCACGGUCAAAAUACUAUUUGUGAAUACUAGAAUUUUUAGAAUUACGCGUGUUACUCGCAAAUGUCGGAUCGCUCUCUUUGCGAACGCGCGUGUGCUAACUCCGGUGCAUUUUCUUAGUGUACAGUGCAGCGAUGGCCUCGAAGGUACUCGUGCCUGGAGUGCCCUUCGCUUCGCUCCAGGGAAAGGUGAAAAAGACACCUGUAGAGCCAAAUGGCGGGCUGUACAUCAGUGGAGGCGACCCGGUCGCGAGGAUUGCCCACCUCGAGCACAGCAUUCGGUUCCUGCAGGAACAACACCGUCUGAUGCUCAGUGGCCUUCACGCCGAAAUAGAGUCAUUGAGAGAGAGAAAUAGAGACUUACAAUUUCAACUGAUAUUCAACAAAGAGCCUGCGAAAAAUACCUCGACUACUGAUGACAACGAAAACCAGGUGUCAUCUCUGCGACGAGAGGUAGAGCGGUUGGAAAAGGAGGCAGCAGCAGCGCGAGGUGAGGCUACAGCCUGCGCCCACGACUUACUGCGGUUGCAACGCCUUGUCGACGAACAGGCCAACAAGCUGCGGUCUCUAGAGGAAGAAGCAACGGAAAAUGAGGAAGGAGAAAGCGCUGGGGCUCUACGAGCGCGGCUGGGUGAAGCAGAGCGGCUGGUCCGGCGGCUUCGAGCGGACGCCGAGCGGCAGCGCAGAGAGGUACUCGGGGGCGCGGGCGUCACCAACCUACUGUUCGACGGCGCGCCCGCACACCACGCGCACUUGCAGUGCAUGAAAAGCUCACUGAUGCGCGCGGGCGCAGUCGACGCAUUUGGCUUUCCUACCUUGCCAGCCCCAUACCUCCAUACAGCAGAUUUUUGGAGAGAGCCAUUGAGAGAAGAGUACAGCAUGCGAGGUGGCGGACGACAACGACGACCCAACACACUUCCAGCACUCGCUGUCCUCCCACAGCAGCCACGCCCACCCGCGUAUGCUCACAGCUAUUUCACAGAUUUGCGAGCGCGGGGUUAUACAGAAAGAGUAAAAAAGUCACAAACACUGAACGGAGAGUCCUAUACUGGAAAGAGCCCGGAAGAGACAGAUCACCCACGAAUAAAUCCAGUUAUAACAGAUAAUUUACAGAAAAUCAACCCUGAAGCCACAUAUCCCGAAUUAAAAAUUGUGGUCACUAAAAUAAUUCCGCACGGAAAUGUUAACACAUCGUCGUCGGUAACGGGCGCGCGGCCGCGAGCUCGUCGCACGCACCGCAAACACGCAUCCGAGCACACGUAAUGCAACGGAGCGCACUCUCACAAAUAUAUAUAUAUUGUUUAUCAUUGGUGAAAGUAUGAAACUUGAACGUUUGACAAAGUGCUGCCAAAUUUUAAAACGUGUUAGCUUUAUAAGGGUUUAUUUUUGUCAGUAAUUGAGAAUGCCUUUUCGCAAUUAUAGCACUGAUAUGGAAUUCAAGACUAAAAAUGUAACCAUUAUUUCAUUGUCUGCAAUUUUUUCUUUAUCUGAUUCCAUUUUAAUGGCGUGACAGCUAGAGGCCCUUCCAAAUAUCCUUCCAUUCGAAGCUCUAUUGAAUUUAAAACAUAAUCCAUAACCGAACAACAUCUUGAGAAAUAUAUACCUGUUAAGUCAUAGUAACUACUAUGUAUAUUUUACGGAGAACAUAUUAUAUAAUUUCAUUGCAUUGCUGAAACAUACAAUUUAAACGCUUGGACCGCGUUGGGAAUACCCUUAUAUUCACAUUAAGUUGCUCUGUGGUCUGAGUAAUACAAUUCUGUAAAAUAGUGUAUAAAUAGGCUGUGAUUUGUACGUUCUUAUGUAAAAACACGUACUUGUUAUUCCAAUACGUAGUGAGUGAUCAAUAUAACGUAGUAAUUGCACAAAUAACACGGUUUCAACACACGUUUUUAGUAUACAUAUUAAAUUAGAGAUUGAAGUCAAUUGACACCAGUUUUAAUAAAUAUUUUAUCAAUAAUUGAAUAUAUAAGUAGACUGAAGUAGAUAAUAAUGCAAUUGGCGAGUUAUUGAAAGGAAAAGGUCACUGUCAGGAAAUAAAAAAUGUCGUUAGCUCUUAUGAAGUCGAUAGCAAAAUAGAUGGUAUGUAACUGUGAUUUGAUUAUUAUUUGUGCCUCACGGAAGCAAUACAAUUUUGAAUACGUCGCACUUCAUCACACAUUGUAAUCGUCCUGUGCAUUUUGCUGUAGUUUUUGCGCAAGGCACCGCCUAAAAUAUAUACCUACUUAAUAAUGUUAUAUACCCCCUAAAGUAUUAGGACAAUUUCAUAUAUAUUUCCAUUUUAAUUCGAUAGUAAUACCAAAAUAUAUUAUUAGUAUUAAUCUACGAUCCAAACAAUAAUUUUACGUAUUUAUAAACACUAUGGAUGAACAUUUGUUAAACAUCAUAGUAAUAGCAUCAAUGACAUUGUAUAAAGCUAGUCUUCUAUUUAGCUGCAUUUGUGAGAGUGUUGACGUAAUCUAAACACUAUUCUGUAGCCUUAUUUCAUAAUAAUAUCGUAAAUAAUUAUUAAUUACUUAUAUAAUAAAUGAAUUAUAUUUACUGUC